GUGGUCAGCCAGAUUGACAAGUUGACCUCGGACUUUGAGUUUGAACUGGAGCCAGACGAUUGGACCACCACCACGGUGAGCAGUACCUCCAGCAGUGAGAAAGGGGGAGGCCUAUUUGACCUUGGGCACCUGGAUUUCAUGACCUCAGACAUCCUCUCUGACAGCUGGGAAUUUUGCUCCUUCCUUGAGGCCUCCACCCCUUCCGAUUCGGGUGAUGGUUCGGAGCAGCAGCAGCAGCAGCAGCAAUCACAGCCACAGCCACAGCAGCCACCAGGGCACCAGCCUGAUUACCAGCUCAUGAAUGGUGGGGUGUUGAUCUCCAAUGGACCCCGGAUUGAAACCCCAGACUCUUCCAGCGAGGAAGCGUUCAGCUCCGUACCAAGUCACAAACCUCAGCAUCAGAGGACGCCGGGCACCAGGGAGAGGGUGCGUUUUAGUGACAAAGUCCUCUACCACGCUUUGUGCUGUGAUGACGAUGAGGAGGCGGACAGCGGGCCCCUUCCGGACGAUCCUCCGGAAGAGCCCCACGAGACAACUCAGAAGGGGGUGUUAGUGGCCAAGACGGCAUUGCGACGGUCCCCUCAUCUUGAUAGUGGCCAAGCCCGGAAGCUGACACGGAACAGCAGCACCCAGACCAUGUCGGACAAAAGUACUCAGACGAUUCUCCCUUAUAUUUCGAACAAGCAGAAAAUCAGCCACAAGAACUGA